AUGGUUUCAUUUCUCAUCAUACCAUCAACUGUCCUGCUCUUCUUGCUUUUCCUCAUUCCCAUUAGAUGGUUAUUGUCAAAAACCCGCUGUCUACCGCCCGGACCACCUGGAUUACCCAUAUUCGGAAACCUACACCAACUUGACCUAUCUGACCUCUCAGGUUACCUAUAUCGUCUUUCAAAAACUUAUGGCCCGUUAAUGUCCCUUCGCCUCGGUAAUGUCCAAACCCUCGUUGUUUCUUCUGCCGAAAUGGCAAAAGAGAUCUUGAAAACCAAUGAUUUGGUCUUCUGCACUAGGCCGAUUCUAACAGGCUUCCGGAAGUUAUCAUAUGAUAACAAAGACAUCGUUUUGUCACCGUAUAAUGAGUACUGGAGACAGAUGAGAAAGAUCUGCACCCUUCAUCUCUUUUCAAUGAAACAAGUGAACUCGUUUCGUUCUGUUCGCGAACAAGAGGUGUUUGACAUGAUCGAUAAGAUCAAGACUCAAAGUUCUACGAAACAAGUAGUGGAUUUGAGUGAAGCUGUUAUGGUUCUCACUAGCAAUAUUAUUUCCAGGGUGGCUUUUGGGAAGAGACCAUCUGCAUACAAUUAUAGAAAAGAAGGUACAAGAUUUUCUGAACUUAUGUUAGAGUGUCAAGAGGUGUUUGGUCAUUUCUAUUAUAGGGAUCAUUUUCCUUUAAUGGGAUGGCUUGAUAAACUCAAUGGAAGCAUUGCUAGACUCGAAAAGAUCUUCAAAGACAUGGAUGAGUUCUAUCAAGAAGUGAUUGAUGAGCAUUUGAAUCAAAGCCAACCAAACAAAAGGCAAGAUGAUAUGGUUGAUAUCUUGCUUAAACUCAAGGAAGAUUAUGCCAAUGAUCUCACUUUUGAUCAUGUAAAAGGGGUAAUCAUGAAUAUCUUGUUGGGGGGAACAGAAACAAGUGCUUCAACAGUGAUCUGGGCAAUGACUUUGCUCAUGAAUAACCCUAAUUCGUUGAUGAAACUUAAACAAGAAGUGAGGAAUGCAGUGGGAAACAAAGGGAAAGUAGAUGAAGAUGAUCUUUAUAAGCUUGACUAUCUAAAAGCAGCAGUCAAAGAGGCGCUUCGACUAUACCCAGUCUUACCAUUUUUAAUCCCUCGUGAAUCUAGAGAGCGAUGCGUUUUAGGUGGAUACGAGAUACCCAAAAAUACUUUGGCGUACCUAAACGCAUGGGCAGUAGGUCGUGACCCUAAAUGCUGGGAACGACCUGAAGAGUUCGAGCCAGAGAGGUUCAUGGGUAGUAAUGUAGAGUAUAAAGGGGUUGAUUUUGAGUGGAUCCCAUUUGGGUCCGGUCGGAGAGGUUGUCCAGGGUUGUUGUUGGGAGCUACGACGGUGGAGUUGGCGCUUUCGAAUAUUGUUUACUCGUUUGACUGGGAAAUGCCGAAAGGGACUAAUGUUAUUGACACUGUGAAAACUGAGGGGACCGUAAUGCAUAAGAAGAAUGCACUUCAACUUAUGGCUCAAGUUCCUGACAAUGGCUGUUAAGAAUUCAUUACACCUCAAUAAGACGAUGUGAAAAACUUGGAAAUAAAGCAUUUUUAAAGGGGGAUAAGUAUUCUUCAAUCUGUUAUCGUUUGUACUUCAUUGUGUUACAUAGCAAUACAAGUGAAAAUCACUAAAAGACAUAGCGAUUUUCUUUGUGUGAUAUACAUUGGAGGAUUAGUCGAUUCCAAUAAUAAAAUUCCUCGAAAAUUGGAGCAACUAAUUAAGAUGGUCAAGUCGAGGUUAUAUUAAAAAGGUCUCCUGAAGAGACAGUAGACAUGGUGGUUCAAAAAGAACCUCAGGUACCUGAAACUAAAGAGAUCUCGAUAAGUUGUAUCAUGUCUAAGAUAUACAUGGAAGCGAAAUAAAAUCGACGUUGUUAUACUUUUGUAUAUAAUUUAGCGCUUGUAAUGAUGAAAUAAUGAGGAUCAAAAUUUAA